AUUAAUCACAGGGGCGGCCCCAACGGAGGAGGAAGGAGAUCUCUAUGGCUUACCAUAAAGAAGGUCAGGCACCCAGGGGCAGGCCAAAGGACCUGUGCCCAAGGACAUGAAGCUGGGACUCACCGUGGUGCUGUUCUCUCUGCUGGCAGGCCACUGUGGAGCUGACACCCGCACCGUCGGAGCCCGGGAAUGUGAGCGCAACUCUCAGCCCUGGCAGGCUGGCCUCUUCUACCUCACCCGGCAGCUCUGUGGAGCCACGCUCAUCAAUGACCAAUGGCUGCUCACAGCUGCUCACUGCCGAAAGCCGUACCUGUGGGUCCGCCUCGGGGAGCAUCAUCUUUGGCGGUGGGAGGGCCCUGAGCAGCUGCUUCUGGUCACAGACUUCUUCCCCCAUCCUGGGUUCAAUCCAGAUCUCUCUGCCAAUGACCACAAUGAUGACAUUAUGCUGAUCCGGCUACCUCGGAAGGUCCGGCUGACUCCAGCUGUACAACCCCUCAACCUCACCGAGAGCCAGCCACCUGUAGGCAGCCAGUGCCUCAUCUCUGGCUGGGGCAGUGUGUCAAGCUCCAAAUUACAGUAUCCAAUGACACUGCAGUGUGCCAACAUUAGCAUCCUGGACAACAAGCUCUGUCGUUGGGCAUACCCGGGCCACAUCUCUGAGAAGAUGCUGUGUGCUGGCCUGUGGGAGGGUGGCCGAGGCUCUUGCCAGGGUGACUCUGGGGGACCCCUGGUGUGCGAAGGAACCUUGGCAGGUAUAGUGUCUGGGGGAUCUGAGCCUUGUUCCAGACCCCGGAGACCCGCUGUCUACACUAGUGUCUCUGACUACCUGGAGUGGAUUGAAAGCACCAUGGAAAAAAACUGAGUUCCUGCUAAGGACAGCCUGGAGAGGAAGAUGGAUGUACAAUGAGAAGAUACUGCGGGAUUCCACAGCCCCAGCUUCUCUGACACGUGUCAAAGCACCCCAGAACACCCCCAUGAUGAAACUCCGCCUUCUCAGACUUCGACCCUCAGACUUCACUCUUUAGGCUCCCCGAAGACUCCUCCCACUUAGGUCAUCUUCCCUUUUAGGUUCUGCUCCCAGGCAAAACAAUUAUAAUAAAACCACGCCCCUUCAAAAAAAACCCAACUGAGACACGCCUCCUUUGCUCCUGGCCCAUGCUACACGAUUUUAAUCACCAUUCUAUGGAAUAGCCCAACCCUCAGGAUCACCGCCAAGAAAUAUCUUUCACCAAAUAGCUGCUGCAUCCCUUCAAAUUUCACCCAAUAGGAUUUCUUCUCUGGACUCCAUCCCAUUUGUCCCCACUCCUAGUGACGCUAGAACUGCGCCUAUUCUGCGCACGUGGACCUCAAACAGCUCUGGGUUCUGCUCCAAGUGUGUCUUGGGUCUGACUCUUGACAUAGGAUGAUGGGAGCAUUGAUCUCUCUAGAGCCCCCAGAUGAAUCAGAAUAAACCAUAGGAACGAU